AUGUUGGCUGAAGAAUUUGGAACUGCGUCCAACAUUAAAUCCCGUGUUAACCGUUUGUCUGUCCUGUCGGCUAUUACCUCAACACAGCAGCGUCUCAAGCUCUAUAACAAAGUGCCUCCGAAUGGUCUUGUUAUCUACUGCGGUGAAAUCAUCACAUCGGAAGGAAAGGAACGGAAGAUCAACAUCGACUUCGAACCGUUUAAGCCUAUCAACACGUCGCUCUACCUCUGUGAUAACAAGUUCCACACCGAAGCCCUGAGUGAAUUGCUCGAGUCUGACCAGAAGUUUGGGUUUAUCGUCAUGGAUGGUAACGGCGCUCUUUUUGGCACGUUGAGCGGUAAUACCAGGGAUGUCCUGCAUAAGUUUUCUGUCGAUUUGCCCAAAAAGCAUUCCCGUGGUGGUCAGUCUGCCCUUCGUUUUUCCCGUCUCCGAGAAGAGCGACGUCACAACUACGUUCGAAAAGUUGCGGAACUGGCGGUACAAAACUUCAUUUCUAGUGAUAAAGUCAAUGUUGCCGGUCUGGUUCUCGCGGGUUCCGCCGAUUUCAAGAACGAUCUCAACCAGUCUGAUAUGUUCGACAACCGCCUUCAGACAAAGGUUAUCAAAGUUGUGGAUGUGUCUUACGGUGGAGAGAACGGGUUCAACCAAGCUAUUGAACUGGCUGCGGAAACUCUAGGCAAUGUCAAAUUCAUCCAAGAAAAGAAACUCAUUGGGAAAUAUUUUGAAGAGAUCAGUCAAGAUACCGGCCGAGUCUGCUACGGAGUCGACGAUACGUUGAAAGCGUUGGAACUCGGUGCUGCAGAAACGCUGAUUGUAUACGAGAACUUGGACAUCACACGAUGGAGCCUUAAAGCUUCCGACGGUACCGAGAUUGUCCUUCACACGACUAAAGCCCAAGAGUCCAACAGAGAAAUGUUCAUGGAUAAGGACACUAAUCAAGAAAUGGAUAUCGUUGAGCAAGGUCCACUUCUUGAAUGGCUUGCCGAAAAAUAUAAGGAUUUUGGUGCGACCCUGGAGUUCGUUUCCGACAAAUCCACAGAAGGCAACCAGUUUGUGAAAGGCUUUGGUGGAAUCGGAGCGAUUCUUAGAUACAAAGUCAAUUUUGAACAACUUGCUGAUUAUUCUGAUGACGAAGAUGAGUUCUAUGACGAUUGA